GGGGGAGGGGGAGGGGCGAGCGAGGUGCGGGCGCGUGUUCGCGGCGCGCGAGCAGCUGGCGCGCCACCUGAGGGAGGACCACGGCCCUGAUGAUGCGCUUCACGGUUGCGAGGAGUGUGGGCGUCGUUUCUUCUGGGCGGUGGGGCUGCGCGCGCACGCCCGCGCACACGCCGCGCCCGGCGCCCUGCACCACUGUCUGUGGCCCGGGUGUGGCCGCGCCUUCAGGCAGCCCUGCCGGCUCCGGGAACACGCCAGGGCACACACCGGGGACAGGCCCUACAGGUGAGGACUGCAGGUGGCGCCCUGCACCACUGUCUGUGGCCCGGGUGUGGCCGCGCCUUCAGGCAGCCCUGCAGGCUCCGGGAACACGCCAGGGCACACACCGGGGACAGGCCCUACAGGUGAGGACUGCAGGUGGCGCCCUGCACCACUGUCUGUGGCCCGGGUGUGGCCGCGCCUUCAGGCAGCCCUGCCGGCUCCGGGAACACGCCAGGGCACACACCGGGGACAGGCCCUACAGGUGAGGACUGCAGGUGGCGCCCUGCACCACUGUCUGUGGCCCGGGUGUGGCCGCGCCUUCAGGCAGCCCUGCAGGCUCCGGGAACACGCCAGGGCACACACCGGGGACAGGCCCUACAGGUGAGGACUGCAGGUGGCGCCCUGCACCACUGUCUGUGGCCCGG